AUGUAUGAGAUUUAUGUGGAGACCUGUGGGCAAAAUGCUGAGAACCAAGUCAACCCAGCAACCUUUGGGAAGUGUGAAUGUCACUCACUGAUAAAGACAGAACCAGGUGAAUCCCCUUUGUCUGAAUUCAGAAGAUGUCCAUCUUGGGAGGAAGAACUGGCAAAGAAGUACUCCUAUAAAUUGAUGAGCUUUCUCGCUGAUGAAUACUGCACCUAUUGUCAAGACAUUUUACAGACUGUGAGGAACCAGGAACUUGAGAGGGGAAUCGAGGACGUUCUCCUUCAUGACUUUUUAGAAGAUGUUUCUAUUCAGUACCUGAAAUCUGUCCGGCUAUUUAGUAAGAAAUUUAAGCUGUGGCUUCUUAAUGCUUUGGAGGGUUUUCCACCCCUCUUACAUGUCUCCAAGCUGAAAGAAGUUACUGUGUUUGUCAAAAGACUGAGAAGAAAGACGUACCUUUCCAACAUGGCAAAGACUAUGAGAAUAAUGUUGAAAGAUAACAGGAGGGUCAACAUUUUGAAGUCAGAUCUACAUGCCAUCAUCCAUCAAAGCACUUGGGACAUUUCUAAGAAAGUCCUGGCGAGUGAGCCAAGCCACACGGAUGAGCUGGAGAACACAGAGAUGAAAUGUCUAAGCAAUUUAAUUUCUUUGCUGGGAACAUCAACGGAUCUCAGUGUAUUCCUGAACUGUUUGUCUUCAAAUCUCGAAGCAUUCGUCUUCCAGCCAAGCGGAAGCAAAGAGGAGUUUAUCAAACUGGCCGCCAGCUUCCAGCUGAGAUGGAAUUUCCUUCUCACGGCCGUGAGCAAAGCCAUGACCCUCUGCCACAGAGACAGUUUUGGCUCCUGGCAUCUGUUUCAUUUGCUGCUUUCGGAAUAUGUGACUCACAGACUUCAGUCAUGCAUAGAAGAGGAAGAGGAGGACGUGGGGACUCUCAGGGAGAUACUAGGAGAUGACCAGUCUUUUGUCCAGCCAGACCAGGCACUUUUCCACCCUCCAGAUUCUUCACCAGCUCUGGAGUGUGCAUGCCCCAGUGUGGAGUCCCCCGGAGCGAUGCUGAAGCACAUGGGCCAGAGCCGAUGUCCUGUGGAUGUGAGCAGUGUGGUUCUCAGGGUCCUGGGCUUCCUGGUGGACACUGCCACGGGCAAUAAGUUCAUCCAGAUAUUGCUGGAAGACGAGGCCACCAAAAGCACCAUUGAACUCAGUCUUCCUGUGGGGCAAGAAGCCCUUGUCACCUUGGAAGAUGGACAAAAAUUUGUGAUUCAUGUAUCAGAUGUACCCCAGAGCUCUGAAAAUAUUUAUUUCAGAGAAAACAGUGCUAAUAUGUAA